UUCCUGACGUAAUGUGAAGAGCACGUGAAGCAUCUUUAAAACUUGCCAAAGCUGCAAAUGUGAAUGCCUCACUAGAAGGUGAUUUAAAUUUGCUAAAGGACUAUCGCCCAAAUUGGAUAAAAAAGGAGUAUUGGGAAAAAAUGAUCAAUGAAGUGUGAACCACAUCCAAAUGGAAACGUUUAUCACAAUCAGGGAAAAAUAACAUAGAUAAAUUAGAAGAUGGCUCUGUUUCCAAACAUACCGGGGAAUCUAUAUCUAUUCGUCAACAUAAGAAAAGAAUGGUAAGAUGUUUGCAUCUCACGUUAGUUUCCACUUAGACUGUUGAGUUUUUGUUUUGUUUUUUAAUGUAUUACUAAUGGAUUUUGUAGCAAGGAAUGCUUAAACGCCUUCCUACAGGAGUUGAACUUUAUGCAAGGUUGCACACUAAACGGUCUACUCAAGAGUACAUUACACCAAAGGCAGCUAAAGUUAAGGAGGCUUAUGAAAGUGCUAUGGUGGCUAAGUUUGGUGAUGAUACUAGUUGCCACCCCCUCUUGGAUAAUGAAACAUGGUGUGAUGUUUCCGGAGGAGUCAAGAAAGGAAGAAUAUAUGGAUUCGGAUCUGUGUCUGAUCCAGCGAGCUUUUUGGAAGGAACAUCUAGUACAAUAACAUCCCAAGAGGUUGUCUAUGAACGUGUACGAAACGAGAUGCAUGGCGAAAUGGAUGCUAAAGCUGCAGAAAUGGAAGCUAAACAUCAACAAAUGCGUGAGGAAAUGGAUGCCAAAGCUACAACAAUAGAUGCCAAACAACAACAAAUUGAUGCAAAAUAUGAAGCAAUGGAGAAGAUGUAUGCAGCCUUGCAAAAUAUGAUGGGAAAUUGAAAAUUAGAGGAAUGAGAACCGAAGAUGAUUGGAUGGACAUGAAAUGAAGAGAGCAGCUAAAAUGUUAUUUUGAAGGUUAAACUUUUUUUUGUUUGUACUUCUUUUGCAUACUUUGGAUUUCUUGGUGCUAAAAUGUUAUUUUGAAGUUAAACCGUUGGGAGUUUGAUGUUAUGUGGAUAGUUUCGUUC